UGAGAGACCAGGUAAGGAUACAGCUUCACAAUGCAACCCACAUCCUACGUAGAUUUAGCGGGUACAUUUACAGCUAAUGUAAAGCUGCAUCACACACUGCUGGGUCGUAGUCAAGGAACCUUUUGGACUGAGAGAACCACAAUGAGAAAUUAAGUGCUUUAAGUGUCAUGCAUUUAAAUGUACUGUAUCCACAUGUGUUGUUGAAUUGCGUUUAUAUUGUCAAAUCUAAUGUCAAUAAAUAUGUACGUUUUUGUUGACGAUUUCUUCUCUGCUCUCUCUCCUACUGUCUCGACAGCGCAGAGAUGUCUUUCACACGUGAUAAAAUGUCUUUGCACCUGCGCAACAGAAUGCCGAAGUUUGUCACAAGAGUGAAAGCCACAGAGCUCAUGGCCAACCUCCCCUGCCUUACACAGUCUGACAGGGAGGAGAUCCAGGCCAUGAGGAAUUGUGUCGGUAACUCCGCUGCAAUGCAGAUCCUGCUGGACUAUGUACAGAAGAGAAUGAACUGGCCAGAAGAGUUGAUAUCAGCUCUGGAGGUGGUGGAGCAUCAGGACCUGGCUGAUGAACUGAGGGCAGAGUGGACCAAGCACAACCAGACCAAUCCUUCUCCUGCUGCUCCUCCUACCAGCCCACCUCUGCCCAUCUCAGAGAGCUCUGAUGACCCUACAUCUUCUAUGGUCCUCCCAGCACCACCUUCAGAGUCACUCAGCCCUGAGAUUGCUGCCUGUCCAGCGGAUGGUGGCCAGCCAGUAGUCCCCACGAGUUCAGUUGCUGAGGCUCCCAUCGCUGGUGCCUCCCCAGAGCCAGUUCCACAGGCUCUGGAAGCAGCAGUAAAACCUGUCACAGCCACCCAGGCAGCACCUUUGCCUGCCACAGUGGUCUCUGAACCACAGCCUCCACUCUCUCACUCUGAUAACGCUGCCUUCUCUCAGCCUGGUCCUGUAGCAACGGGAUCUCUGGAGGAUAACCCAUCUCAUAUAGUCCUGUCUGAAACCACUCUCACCUUGCCAGUGUCAGACCUAAACCCAGCCCUGUCCCAGACUGAAUGCACCCCCACUGCUGCUGCCUCUGCCUCGGUCCAGGCCCCUGAGAAAGGUCCUGUUCAGGACGCCACGCCCACUGCUGCUGCCUCUGCCUCGGUCCAGGCCCCUGAGAAAGGUCCUGUUCAGGACGCCACGCCCACUGCUGCUGCCUCUGCCUCGGUCCAGGCCCCUGAGAAAGGUCCUGUUCAGGACGCCACGCCCACCACUGCUGCCUCUGCCUCGGUCCAGGCCCCUGAGAAAGGUCCUGUUCAGGACGCCACGCCCACUGCUGCUGCCUCUGCCUCGGUCCAGGCCCCUGAGAAAGGUCCUGUUCAGGACGCCACGCCCACUGCUGCUGCCUCUGCCUCGGUCCAGGCCCCUGAGAAAGGUCCUGUUCAGGACGCCACGCCCACCACUGCUGCCUCUGCCUCGGUCCAGGCCCCUGAGAAAGGUCCUGUUCAGGACGCCACGCCCACUGCUGCUGCCUCUGCCUCGGUCCAGGCCCCUGAGAAAGGUCCUGUUCAGGACGCCACUCCACCAACAGCCAAAGUGAUCUCCUUCCACCAGAGGCCAGUAGAGGCCUCUGAUCCAACUGCAACUCAGGUGACUGCAGACGACCAGCACGCCGAGCCGCCUCAGAGCGAGAGCCAUCACUUCUCCCCGGUCACGACACCAGCCUCGUCCCCAGUGCAUACCUCCGUGGAUGAGGAUAACUGGGAGCUCAGCAAGCCUGACGUUCUCCUCAGUGAGAACCAGCCAUACUCAGGAGGCUCAUGGCUUCUGCAGAUGGAUAGCCGGUCAGUGUUGGACCCAGAGCCGGCUGCUGUGACGAGUCCUGCUGCUGGGACCUGUCCUGCUGCUGCGACCUGUCCUGUGACCUGUCCUGUGACCUGUCCUGCUGCUGUGACCUGUCCUGUGACCUGUCCUGCUCCUGUGACCUGUCCUGCUGCUGUGACCUGUCCUGUGACCUGUCCUGUGACCCGUCCUGUGACCUGUCCUGCUGCUGUGACCUGUCCUGUGACCUGUCCUGUGACCUGUCCUGUGACCUGUCCUGUGACCUGUCCUGCUGCUGUGAUCUGUCCUACUGUGGUCCCAGACCACUUGUCUAGUGUUCCAGGCCCUCUGACUAGUGUAACGCCUCUGCCAUGUCAGGAGCACGUGUCCCAUAACGAGCCUGAGGAGGACACGUACCAGGAGGUGCUGAUCAAUGUAAUUCAUGUGUCUGAGGACGCGUACAUCCAGAAUCAGGAAGGCCAAACACAGAGCAUGCUGGGUAAUAAGGAUGCAGGUGUGUCUGAAACCCUCCCACCAGUUCAGAACCACAACAGCCGAUCGCGGAUCACACCUCUCUCUGGAUCUACGGAACUUGACCUGUCGUCUGGUCCGAACCGGCACGACCGAGCUGAGGACAUUCUGGGGAAAGCAGUUAGUAAGUCUGACGACUCUCGGGAUCUGAUUAUGAUCGUUAACGGCCAAGCCGCCAGCCCCUCAACCACACAUCCUGAUCCUCCGCCUCCAGCCACUUCUCCUUCUGUCACCAUCGCCAAUGACAACUGUCCUCUCCCGGAGGCUGUGGAGGCAGAGGUCAUGGAGGCAGAGGUCAUGGAGGCAGAGGUCAUGGAGGCAGAGGUCAUGGAGGCAGAGGUCAUGGAGGCAGAGGUCAUGCUCAAGGCCAUGAUGGCUAGCGUUGUCCCUGAGCUGAAGCAGAAACAGGAGGGGGAGGGAGCCAGAAGAGGAGGGGGAUACCACUUCCUGGGGGAUACCACUUCCUGGGGGAUACCACUUCCUGGGGGAUACCACUUCCUGGGGGCUGCUGUCCUGGGUGUCUCGGUCCUGUUCGUAGCCUGGAGAAGGAAGAAUUAAGGGUUUUGGGAAAGAAGGAUGUCUGAAGUUAGAAUCACAGACAGACUAUCAUCUCCUUGCCUCCUGAUCAGCCUUAUUGGAAGAGAGGUCCCUCUCCUCUGAUUUUCUUCUGCAAUGAGAUUUGAGAAGGUGAGGAGAGAGGAUGUGCAAAUCAAAUAGAGAUUAAUGGAGAAAUAGCUGAACUGCUGUGAAAAGAAGAGAAGAUUGUGGUUCAAGAUUUUAAGACAUUAUUGGCCCAGUGCUUUAUUGUGUUGUUAGUAAUGAAGGUGCUGAAAUUAAGUAUUUAUAGGUGACCGAUAGCAGCACUUAUCCAAGACUUUGAUCGACAGUCUAAAUCAAAUCAAAGUUUAUUUGUCACAUGCACUGAAUACAACAGGUGUAGUAGACCUCACAGUGAAAUGCUGAAUACAACAGGUGUAGUAGACCUUACAGUGAAAUGCUGAAUACAACAGGUGUAGUAGACCCCACAGUGAAAUGCUGAAUGCAACAGGUGUAGUAGACCUCACAGUGAAAUGCUGAAUACAACAGGUGUAGUAGACCUUACAGUGAAAUGCUGAAUACAACAGGUGUAGUAGACCCCACAGUGAAAUGCUGAAUGCAACAGGUGUAGUAGACCUUACAGUGAAAUGCUGAAUACAACAGGUGUAGUAGACCUCACAGUGAAAUGCUGAAUACAACAGGUGUAGUAGACCUCACAGUGAAAUGCUGAAUACAACAGGUGUAGUAGACCUCACAGUGAAAUGCUGAAUACAACAGGUGUAGUAGACCUUACAGUGAAAUGCUGAAUACAACAGGUGUAGUAGACCUCACAGUGAAAUGCUGAAUACAACAGGUGUAGUAGACCUCACAGUGAAAUGCUGAAUACAACAGGUGUAGUAGACCUUACAGUGAAAUGCUGAAUACAAUAGGUGUAGUAGACCUUACAGUGAAAUGCUGAAUACAACAGGUGUAGUAGACCUCACAGUGAAAUGCUGAAUACAACAGGUGUAGUAGACCUCACAGUGAAAUGCUGAAUACAACAGGUGUAGUAGACCUUACAGUGAAAUGCUGAAUACAACAGGUGUAGUAGACCUUACAGUGAAAUGCUGAAUACAACAGGUGUAGUAGACCUUACAGUGAAAUGCUGAAUACAACAGGUGUAGUAGACCUUACAGUGAAAUGCUGAAUACAACAGGUGUAGUAGACCUUACAGUGAAAUGCUGAAUACAACAGGUGUAUGUUGUGGAAUAAUCAGAAUUAGUUGGUAACAUAGGUAAGAUGUUUUAUAUUCAUCAUAUGUUUGUAAGUUACUUCUACAUUUAUACGGAGACUUGAUUACACACAGGUGGAUUGUAUUUAUCAUCAUUAGUCAUUUAGGUCAACAUUGGAUCAUUCAGAGAUCCUCACUGAACUUCUGGAGAGAGUUUGCUGCACUGAAAGUAAAGGGGCUGAAUAAUUUUGCACGCCCAAUUUUUCAGUUUUUGAUUUGUUAAAAAAGUUUGAAAUAUCCAAUAAAUGUCGUUCCACUUCAUGAUUGUGUCCCACUUGUUGUUGAUUCUUCACAAAAAAAAUACAGUUUUAUAUCUUUAU